AUGUGGCGCUCGCUCAGGAUUCCUGCUCGUUGUACAUCCUCUGCCGUCUUGAAAGGUAGCAGCGUCUGCAGGGGCCUCGUAAUCUCAAAGCUUUCUCCUCUGCCAACUCGGUCGCUCUCGACAAGUCUAUCCAGGCGUACACCCCCUGCCAAAGGGCUCACCCUCUCGGAUGCCCAACGAAAGACAAUUUACGCACUCUCUACACCUCCUGGACGAGGCGGCAUAGCUGUCAUACGGAUAUCUGGUCCAGACGCCUUACAAGCAUGGGCGAAACUUGUUGUAUUGCAAGGCCGCCAGCAGUCUUCACUGCCAAAACCAUGGCGUGCCUACCGAUGCCGCGUCGUGCACCCGAGUCAUAAGGAACCCAUAGACGACGGACUGGCUAUCUACUUCCGCGGCCCAAAGUCGUUCACGACCGAGGACGUCGUCGAGCUGCACGUGCACUCCGGACGUGCCAUCGUGUCGUCGCUUCUGUCGGCCAUCUCGGCGCUUCCAUUCUGCAGGCCAGCAGAAGCGGGCGAGUUCACGAAGCGCGCCUUCCUGGGCGGCCGCCUCGACCUCACCCAGGCGGAGGGCCUGAAGGACCUCAUCGACGCCGAGACGGAGGGCCAGCGGCGCAUCGCGCUGAAUGCUGCGAGGGGCAGUAAUCGUGCGCUCUACGAAGACCUCCGCAAUCGCGCCAUCCACUGCCUCGCCCAAGUCGAGGCGCUCAUCGACUUCGGCGAGGGCGACGACAUCGAGGAAGGGGUCCUCGACCAAGCACGCACCGAGGCGCGCGAGCUCCUCGCAUCCCUACACCGACACCUCGCCGACGGCCGACGCGGCGAGAUCGUGCGCGCGGGGGUGCGCCUCGCGCUCUUUGGGCCGCCGAACGCUGGGAAGAGCAGUCUGUUGAACUGCCUCGCGCAGCGCGAAGCAGCGAUUGUGACGCCUGUCCCCGGGACAACGCGCGAUAUCCUCGAGCUUGGGCUCGACCUCGGCGGACUCCCCAUCCGCGUGUCAGACACGGCUGGCCUGCGUGCCACCCAGGACGAGGUGGAGGCUAUUGGGAUAGAGCGUGCAAAGCGAGCUAUCGAGGGCGCUGACGUCGCGCUCUGCAUUCUAUCUCUGCCCGACUGUGUUCGAGAUGGGGGCAUCCAGGUUCCAGAAUACGUGAAGACCAUGAUCACGCCAGAAACGUACUUCCUGUUCAACAAGAGCGACCUUGCUACGCCUGAGCAGUUAAGGGCAGCCGCGACUGUGCCCAGGUCAUGGGUCACUAGCUUGAUAACGAAGGAGGGCACCUCUUCGUUCAUUGACGGCUUCACGACCGAGCUACAGUCUCGCUACCAUCUCGACGGCGUAUCUGAAGACCCGCCUCUCAUUACCCACGCACGCCACCGCGUGCACCUGGAGUCUGCCGCGCGAUUCGUUCAGGCAUUCCUCGAGUCCUCCGACGAAGAUGUGAUAAUGGGAGCAGAAGAGCUUCGCUACGCCGCACAGGCAAUUGGGAAAAUUUCGGGUCACAUAGAUGUUGAGGACAUCCUCGACAGCGUGUUCAAUGAUUUCUGUAUUGGGAAGUAG